AUGAAGGUUUCCCACUACGGCCACGGCCACUCUGGGUUUGGGGAGGUAGUACUCCUGCAAUUUGUGGGGGAAUUGCUCGUUCACGCUGACAGUCUCGUAGUCAUUGAGGAUGAACCUUGUAAUGUGACUUGCCGUGCGGUGGGCUGGAACCCGCUCCCGGAACUUUCCUGGGAGCUCUGCGUCCCCGUGAGCGAUUCAAGCUUUCGCUCCGUUCUGGAGCCGGACGACCCUACAAGUGUCCUGAGCAUCCUGACUCUGACGCCGACAGGCAGUGGGAACCUGACUUGCGUGGCUAAGAUGAAGGGGCUGCAGGCCCGCCAUUCUUUCAUGAUAAGCCUUACUGUGGCUCCGCCUCACUCGGGUGCCUCGUUGCCUACCUGGGCCCUGGCCCUACUUGUAGUGUCAUUCUUGUUGCUUUUCAUCCUGAUCAUUUUUCUGAUUGUAAUCUUCUACUUCUGUGUCUCCCGGAGAGAGAAAACAGAAUCCAGUUCUCUAAGGAAAGCUGCAGAUGUGGAGACAAACCAAGAAACUUUUGAGCCAAAGUUAAAAGGUGGAAAUGAGAACUAUGGCUACAAUGCAGAGUCGGCUUCCUCCCCUGCCAAGUCCCCUGGCCCCAGCCUUCCUGCGCAGCAGAGCAGCAGGCAGCCGCAGCAGGCGACGAAGCAGGCGACGAAGCAGGUGACGAAGCAGGUGACGAAGCAGGCGACGAAGCCGGAACCCAAGCUCCAUCAGCAGGCCCCAACGAGUCGCCCGCACCCGGUCAGUCCCAGGGUGACCAGGAACGUGACCUUAGUGUAGCGAGGGUGCUGCACUUGGCUGAUGACCUGCACCACGGCCGGGCCAGCACUGCUCUCCAGAGGCCCAGCCCGCGGCGUUACCCGGAAGCGGCGAUGUUGGAAUCAUUGAAACGGAUAUUUCAGUGAGAGAAGGAACCAUUGUUCCCAACUUCCCAAGUAGAAGUUCACUUUUAAUGUGUUUCAAGAUUCCAGAGACUUCUGUAAAGUUACUAAGUCACUGCACACUCCUGCUUGCUGGUCCAAUGAGUCGAUAGCCUGCCAUGACUUUAAACAUGUUUUUGUCACCUUACAUCAUAUAAAGUUUAUAUGUGUG